AUGCUGCCUCCCGCCGUCGGGCCUCCCGCGCGGACCCAGCGAACCGGAGGGACCGCACAAGCGACAGGCUUCCGGGCGCCGCCAACCCCCCGCGCGCCUCAGCGGGCCCCUACGGCACCGCCUCCGCCGCCCUCCAGCCAGCUCCGCGCCCGCCCCGGCACCGCCUCAACCCCUCGCGCGCCCGCGCGGCCAGGAUAUUACAUGGCAACCACACACUUCCGGUGCCGGCCUCCGCGCGCGCACGCGCGCCCCCGGCCCCGUCUGCGCACGCGCGCCCCCUGCCGGCCAGGCAGCGCACGCGCACUCCGCCUGCGGAUGGAGCGGCCGCCUAGCCCAGGCGCCUGCUCCCUGCCAACGACAGGCGGCCGAGAAGAAGCCCCGCCCACCGCGGGAAUAUCAAUAGGGGAGCCAUGGGAGCAAUGGAAGCCUCGGCUCUCGCGAGGAUGCUCCCUGAGCUCCCCUCUUCCCGAGGAGGACCGUCACGUGACUCGGCAUCACCCAAUCCGCGCGUGGGCCGCGGGGGUCGCCGCGGUUCCCGCCAAAUACGAGCGCGGCGGCCGCGGCAGCAGCGGCGCGGGCGGGAGGGCGAGCAGCAGCGGCCGCCUGAGCGGAGCCCGCGCCUCCGCCGCCUGA